GAAAUGAAAUAGUAGCCGGUUAAAUAUCUGUUCCCUUCCCUCCAUCCAUGGUAUAUGUGCACCGAUAAUCUCACACUCUUACACACAUAUACACUCUCACGCACCCCUAAAAAACGAUAUCCCCAAAAGGGCUGCCUCCUUUCCCCGUUUCCCCACUUGGGAUUCAUUCAGAAUUGCGGGCAACUAUAAUUAAGCGGUGGAUUUUGGAGUUAGGGUUCCUGAAUUUCUGCAGUUAGCUCGCAUAAUCCUCAAAUCACUUGGGGUUUUUCUGGCAAAGAUUCGGAUUUUUGAAUCACAUGGAAGCUUACAAGAGAUGGGUUCGGAUGAACAAAGACUACGUGCAUUCUCUUGAAUCUCUAACUAGUGGAUUAACAUGGCUUCUACCAGAGCGAUUCUCCGAUUCAGAAAUUGGACCUGAAGCAGUUACAUCAAUAUUGGGCAUUAUAACCACCAUCAAUGAGCACAUAGUUGAGACAGCUCCAAGCCAUACACAGUCAAGGCAUGUAGAGCCUUCGUCCUUCCCAUUCUCACUCUGCAUAACUAUACUUAAGGACUUGGAAACUCUAGUUGAAGUUGCUGCACAGCAAUUUUAUGGUGAAGAGCAGAAAUGGAGCUUCAUGGCCAUUACAGAAGCAAUCAAGGUGUUACUUAGAUUGGCAAUUCUGCAAAAGAGCGGGUAUAAAAUGCUUUUGCGUGGUGGGGAGACUAUAAACGACCAGAGCGAGUCUGAUGAUCUUGACUCGCAGAGAAAUGCGCUAUCAUCAAAGCCUGGACCACAAGGGGUUCCUUCCAUUCUGAAAAAUCAUCAAGGACAGACUCCAUGGAAUCUUGAGGGAAGGGCUUUGUCUGCCUUAAAUAGGUUCGGUGAAAAUGCCAGGACAGUUUCUGAACCCACGUGGUUACGCAGGGUUCAGCACCAGCAGGAAGUCAUGGAGCCUUCAACGCCAGUGACUGAAACGCCUAGUCUAUUUACUUUCUUGUCUGAGAAGGGUAUGCCAGGGGGCUUAUUUCUGACGGGUGAGGUGAUGUAUAUCUUAAGGCCACUCAUAUACGUAUUGCUUGUUAGAAAAUACGGGGCACGAUCAUGGUUUCCUUGGCUUACUUCUUUGGGCGUGGACCUCGUUGGAAGUGGAGUUAUUUCAUUCGUCACAACAUUGUGGCAAAAUAGCAAGGAUUUCCGUCUCUCCAACAAUGAGAAGAAUGAGUUGCAGUUAAAAAGGCGGAAAUUGUUGUGGGCACUAUACCUCAUGAGAGAUCCAUUUUUCACCAAGCAUACUCGGCAAAGACUCGAUGGUGCUCAAAAGCUACUAGAACCCAUCCCCAUUGUCGGGCUUCUAACUGAGAAAGUUAUUGAACUCCUCGUUGGAGCCCAGACGCGGUACACCUACAUGUCUGGUUCGUGAUGGAAAUCCUCGACGAGAUCCUCUUUAAUGGUGAAGCUUCUGCAAGAGUAAUACCUCAAAAUCAUGUUGUAACACAAGUAUUUCAUCAUGAUAAUAAAUUAGAGAAAACAUAGUGAUUUCAUGUGUGUUAGAUAUAUACAUCCAUUUUCUCUGCUCCUUUUUUGUCACCAAACUCAGAAAUGCAUUUGUAGUUUAUGCUUCCAUUUCUAUGAGAUAGCUAUUUGGGAUC